CAGGAGAAGAAGAAGAAGAAGAAGAAGAAGCAGUGGCUGGACGAUGCGACUUAUCCAAGAAACUGCACGCUGCGGCAAGAAUAAGCCUGUUUAGCUAUACAGAAAGGCCUAAGUGGAAAUUUGGGGUCAAUUCCACGUAUCGUCGGACAUCAAUCAUCGAAUCUGUUUUAGGUUCCUCAGGCCUAUUGACGUCCUCUUCGGCCACUCACUAUGGUGGACUACUACCAGAUUCUAGGAGUACGGAGAGAUGCAUCUGGAGACGACAUAAAGAAAUCGUACAGAAAACUGGCCCUAAGGUGGCAUCCUGAUAAAAACCCAGAAAAUAAAGAAGAGGCUGAGAAGAAAUUCAAGGAGCUGUCAGAGGCUUAUGAAGUCCUAUCUGAUGUUAACAAGAGGAGCACUUAUGAUCUAUAUGGCAAAGAAGGACUGACAGGGACCGCUCGAGGGCGAGGGAGUCACUUCCACAAUGGCGAUCAUUUCCAAGAACCCUUCACAUUCCGGAACCCCGAAGAUGUCUUUAGGGAGUUCUUUGGAGGCAGGGACCCGUUUGCAGACUUAUUUGGUGCGGAUCCAUUUAGUGAUGAUCCUUUUUUUGGCAGUGGCCGACGGCACCAAAGUCGGGCGAGCCGAAGCAGGACAGGGGGCUCAUUUUUGGGGGGCUUUGUAGGUUUUCCUCCCUUUGGCGCUGGCUUCUCACCCUUUGAUCCAGGCUUUGGUUCAUUUGGCACCAUGAGCACUAUGGGUCACAUGGGCCAUAUGGGUCACAUGACAACAAUGGGUAGUCUAGGAGGUGGGGGCUUCACCUCUUUCUCCAGCAACUCCUUUGGGGGAAAUGGAGGAGGAGGCAUGGGGAACUUUCGUUCUGUGUCUACUUCCACCAAGAUCAUCAAUGGCAGGAAGAUCACUACUAAAAGGAUCAUCGAGAACGGUCAAGAGCGGGUCGAGGUGGAGGAGGACGGCCAGCUGAGGUCGCUAACCGUCAACGGGAAAGAGCAGCUGCUGCGACUGGAACACAAGUAAAGAACCAAGAGUUACCUCAGCAGAAACAUACUAACAAACUUGAGCUUAAAAGAAACUUCAAACAUGGCAACAAAGAAUUGUAAUAAUAGUGUGACUUUUUUUGUUUGGAUGUACAUACUUUAGUUGUGUUGAGUUCCCUUGGUGGUCUCUUCUGGCAGACCACGCUAUCUCCUGCUUGAAAUCAGUGGAUUUGGAUUUGGAUGACGACUAUGCAUUUUGUUGAACUACUUCUGACCUUGAAUUUGAGGUCGGCAUUGACGCUUCAGUGUGCGGGACCACGUUGUUUCUCUGACCCCUGACACUCCUAUUCCAGUAUUUUAUGUCAACACUUUUUGGCGCGCGUCGGAUGGCUCACUGCAUUCCAACCAAUUGUAACUCUUCUUCCCUUGUAAAUAUUACCAACGUGUCAAAUAAAACCAUAUAAAGUCGGUAGAAAUGAAUCAAAGCGUCAUCCCCUCUUUGUUUAUUGCUUGUCAACCUGCUCUUAAUUACUGUUGUCUUUUAUUUUUUAAAUUCCAACGCUGGUAUUAUGUAUUUUGUAUGUUUUGUUUAUUUAAUGAUGCAUGUAUACCUGUGGAUGUUAAGUCUUAAUGUUAAAGCUGCGCUAUAAUGCGCAAAUAACAUCAGUCAUUCUGUAAAUGAUACUGUAUAUGAAUUCAGAAGUUUAGUGUACUUUGUAAACCAAUAAAUCUUCUAAGUUUCA